AUGCCGAGUGUAGUCCAGCCUCCUGAGAGCAUUUAUGCCCUUAUCCCCAGAGAGGAGGUGAAAACUGAAAAAGCUCCAAGGUACAUGUCAAAGUUCAGAGAGCAGGUAAAGCAGGAGAAGCAGCAGAACAAAGCGUCCAACAAGACGAUGGGUUUGGCGAAAGUGAAAAUGCCUUCUCCUGAUAAAUACCUGCUGAAACACUCCAAAGAGCCCAAACUUCCUGAGAACAAGCCUUUCUCCUACAGAGAUGUCCAGCCCAGGAAGCCCCGGAUACCCAUGAAAACUGAGCAGCCUCUCAUGGCCGGGCACACCAAAAGAAACUUUGUGAGAAGUAACAUGGUGGAGAACAUGAUGGCAGUUCCAUGUAAACCUCAGCCUGCGUACGCUCACACCAAACAUGGAGACAAAGAGGUGCUGGAGAACUCAGGCCUUGUCCCAAAGUUCAUAAAGAAAAAGGAUUACGGUCAGACCCCGCAGUACCUGAGUCAGAGGCAGGAGGAGGUGAGGAGAGCACAGGAGGAGUACGAUCACUACGUGAAGGAGAGGAUGAAGGAGGGAGCCAUGAAGAAGUUCUCUGAGGAGGAACGCCAGGAAAUACUGCAUGGUCUGAAGAAGAACUGGGAGGAGCUCCAUCAUCAGUACCAAGGCCUGUCUGUGAUCACGGAUACAAUGCCAAAGAAACAAAGGAAGGAGAAACUGGAGUCACAGAUGAAGCAGCUGGAGAAAGAUAUUGAGUUAAUUGAGAGAUACAAAACCAUCUACAUCGCUAAAAACUGAUCACCAUA